CGUUUUUUUCCUGCCGUGAUGACAGAAACCAACGGUACCGGCAUAUGAGUCGCUCCUCUUUUCUCUGCACAUACUAAACCGGACUGGACCUCCAGUACAUGUUUAAAUAAAAACCUUAAGACCCCCCGAACACUUAAUAUACCUAUUUAAUACUUAUAGAUUCAGAAACUUUCAUGUCGGGCAAUAAUAGACAGAUAAAUCAUAUGAUGGAGACGGAGAUCCACGUGCCGGUCGGGUCACCGACGAUCAGAAAAUUCCCGAUAUUCGUGGACGAACAUAAUGUUACGGAAGGGGCGAUGAAGCUGAUUAAAGAGCUCAGACCAGGCUGGGACCCGAACCUGAUCCAGACUAAGCUUUUCACAGAUGGCACAACUAACAAACUGGUGGGGUGUUAUAUGGAGGAUUGCGACGAGGAUGUGGUGCUUGUCAGGGUGUACGGCAACAAGACCGAGCUGAUUGUGGACCGAGACAAUGAACUGAAGAGCUUCCAAGUUCUACAUGCCAAUGGUUGCGCACCCCGACUUUACUGCACCUUCCAGAAUGGCAUCUGCUACGAGUUCAUGCAAGGACGCGCUCUGGAUACUCAAGACGUCAGGGACCCUGUGUUACUGAGACUUAUCGCCCGUGAAAUGGCCCGCAUUCACGCCAUCCACGCACACAAUGGCUGCAUCCCCAAACCCAACCUGUGGAUCAAAAUGCGCAAGUACUUCUCGCUAGUGGCCACGGAGUUCACAGACCAAGCCUCUAAUGUCAGAAUUCAGCAGGAAGUGCCCAGUCAGGAAGUGCUUGAACAGGAAAUGAUGUGGAUGAAGGAACACCUGUCGCAGCUGGGCUCUCCUGUAGUGCUCUGUCACAACGAUCUGCUCUGCAAGAACAUCAUUCACAAUGCAAAGGAAGGUCAUGUUCGUUUUAUCGAUUAUGAAUAUUCAAGUUACAACUAUCAAGCAUUUGACAUUGGAAAUCAUUUCAAUGAAUUUGCAGGCAUGAGUGAACCCGACUAUAACCUUUAUCCCAGUCAAGAGAUGCAGUUGGACUGGUUGCACACUUACCUGCAGGCCUACAAGCUCUUUACCAAGAAAGGCGAGGAGGUGAGCCAGCAUGAACUGGAGACGCUCUACGUACAAGUCAACAAAUUUGCUCUGGCCUCACAUUUCUUCUGGGGUUUCUGGGCCCUGAUCCAAGCCAAGUACUCCUCCAUCGAGUUUGACUUCCUCGGGUAUGCCGUGCUACGUUUCAAUCAGUACUUCAAAACCAAACCUGCAGUUACGGCCCUGGAGAUCCCCAAAUGAGACUUCAAGACUGAGGGGGCAACGCUGGUAUCUGUUGGCCUCACCGAUGACCGUUUGACCAUUGAAUCAGAGGCCUUUUCAGUCAGGGGAGGGUAUGAGGUACAGCAGGGGUGAGCACUGGGACCUCUUAUGAUUGGUUGGCAACUUGUCUUUGUUCCACAAAUUCUUGAUUCCUUUUUCAAAAACCAUGUUUCUCUUUGGGACUCCACUUCUAGUUGAUCAAGUUUUCCAUAAAAUGGAGUGAGUUUUUAUGUUUUAAAUACAAUUUAUUUAUUAAUUGUUACAGGGCACUUGUUUUGCACCAAAAAAAUCCUUCCAUUGUUGGAGCCGACUUUGCUUUGGAACUUCUUGUUAUGAGUUUUGCAGUGUGAGAUCCAUUGCAAACUUAUGCAGAAUGAUUUGCUGUGAAGGAGGCCUGUAGUGAUGUUUAGCAAGGAUAUUUGUUGAUACUGCAGGCGUUGAUUAACAAGAAACAUCUUAGUUUCUGCCUACCGGAUAUUUCUUCUUUUGCAAUGACAAAUGUGCAAAGACCCAAAAAUGUGCUAAUGCUUUCAGAUUUAUCUCCCAGCGCUGUAAUGAUGAGAAGAAAUCAAGGUUUCUGGUUUAGGGCCAGUCAGGGGUGACUCGAGAACUAGACAGUUACUGAGGUCAAAAAUCCUGCCCUGUCCUACACUAUUGCGCACUUGAGCAAAUUACUUAACCUCUGCAAUUAGUCCUCCGUAAGUCACUUUGGAUGAAUGGCGUCAGCUAAAAGGCAAGUAACCAAGUAACCAAUGAAGUCAAUCUGGCCUCACUUCAGACAUUCCCAAGAAGUCAGGGCCACGAGAAACCUCAGCGUCUGUAGGACCAUGUUUCCACCUAUUUAGUUUUUAUGGUUGUGAGAAGUUCUGUUGAAUUUUCCACUUGUCAGAGGCUGUGGAAUAUUACAGCCUGCUUCCCGCUUCCCCCUCCUUUUCUCGCUCUCUGUCCUAAAUGUGUCUGCAUCACCUGGCAAAGCUCAAACUGAGAUUUGAAAGUCAUUAUCUGCUCAAUGAUCUCUAAUCUCAUUCCUAAUGUCAAACCCCCCUUAAAUAUCAAUCUAAUGGUUUUCCAAAACUGGAAAAGGGGGCAAUAUUUAUGUAACAGUGUUGUGUAGUUUGAUUCAGGUCACCAUCUGUGAGGAUGUCCUGGAGCCAAAAGGAAAAGAUUAUUUAAGUUCAGAAUAUUAAUUGCAGACUUAGGGAUGUAAUUGCCAUCUCACUGGAGAAAAUACCUGGACUUUCUAGUUCUAUGUGGUUUGAAAGUGUCCCCUUUCAAAACAGUUAGAAUUUCAUCUCGUUUCAAUACUGUGCAUCUAAAAUUCUGUCGUCUACAACAAGAGAUAGAAGAUCAGUUCACAGUCUCUUCUAAAUAUGCGUUAUUUAAAUUGCAUUUUAUUUCUUGGUCGUGCUUUUGCCAUUUUUGUCUUGAGUAAAACAUUCCAGUAGAAACCUACUAGAGCUCCACAAAGCACAAAAAUCAUCUGUUUAUUUUGUCAUGCGUAUCGAAAAUGCCAAGAAUUGCACCAUUUUAGUCACUCAUUGUACUGUAAACUUAGAGGAGAGAUAAUUAGGGGAACCUGUCAAGAACAUACCAGGCCAUAUCCCCAAAAGAAGAAAAAACAAUUAUAUUUUGUAAAGAGAAAUUAAGCCUUUCAAUGACUAUUAAGAUGUAUUGCAUUGUAACAUUAUUUUCAUGACAAUUAGCAUGUAAAUUUCAAAUUACUGUAUUAAAGUAAUGAGAAUCCAAUGGAAAGCAUUGAGAAGAAUGAGAAUUAUGGGGGGAAAAAAGUGAAUUUGAGGAGGGUAAAUGUCAGACUGCAAGAGAUCUUAAUGGCCCCAAAACAGGUUAUAUUUUCUUUUUAUGCAAAAUGUAAUUUAUUUUUUCACUUUUAAUUUAGGGGUGAAAUGUGACCUGUAAUGUUUUUGUGAGAUCCCUCCCUAUAGAGUGGUGCAGGUAUAAUGUCAGAACCCAAAAGACUAAUUCGCCGCUGGUUCCUUUGAAAUUUUCCUAUGGGGUUUUAUAAUGGCCAAGACAGCAACAAAGUGUCGGCCAUUAUAAAAUCAUAGUGUUCGAUUUAUGUGUAAAAUAAAGCCUGUGGUAAACAUAACUUGACUAUACUUUUACAUUUUCUACAAAAUAAAUUACACACUUACAGCGAAAACGCGAAUUUUGAAGCAGCUAUGUUCAAUUUUGAAAACAGAGAUAUUUAAUAAGUAACUAGAUAGACAGUUUAGUGUGUGAAGUGUACAUUGUAGAACAAACCGUCAAAGUAUCAUCAAGUUAUGUAUACCACAGGCUUUAUUUUACUCAAAAAUUUAAAACCCCCAUUAUAAAACCUCAUAGGAAAAUUCCGAAGGAACCAGCGGCGAAUUAGUCUUCCGGGUUCUGACAUCAUACCUGCACCACUAUAGGAGUCUGUAUCUGUAUAACUGGAAUCACUAUCUCUGUGGCAGCUUCUUGAACCCAAGUGUCCUUUUACUGACCAACCAGAUCAGUCCCUGAUCAAUUAGUACAGCAGUCAUUUUCAGAUCGUCUUGAAACUGAAGCUAGACGUUGCGUUUGAGCUGGGGUCACAGUGAAAUCUCUGAGGUGUCUCUGGCUCUGUGUCAGGUGCAGGUUAAUAAUGAAAUGGUCUGAGCCGCAGGCGACGACUGAAAGCAAGAGGCCCUUCAACAAAACCAUGAAUAAUUUUGUAGCCAGUGUUUCUCUAAUGAGUUGGAACUGCCUGAUAGCUCUGUGCUAAUAUACUUUGUUUCGGUACUGCUCACUUGUCGCUGCUUAGAUCUAAAACUUGAUCUGCGAUUUUAAGGUCAAUCUUGUGGAAACAUUUCCAGGUCAUAUUUCACCACACUAUACAAUUUAAAUAAUAUUAUGUACAUAGCAGUAAUGAGAAUGCAUUUUUCUCAUUAAACUAUUAGGAUAAAUUGUCAAAAUGAAAAAAAAAUCUAAUAAAAUAGGGAUCAGAUUCUUUAUUCAUAAUGUCAUCAUAUUUUGUGGUGAAAUAUGACCCGGACGAGCUUUUGACAGUUUCCAUGAGAUUCAACAUUUAAGGUCAGUUGAUGGAUUUUUACUUAUUUGUCACUUUGUGGUCCAUGAUGACUGAUGACUGAAAAAGUAAAAAAAAAUAUUUAUAUAAGCUGCAUAUUCCAUACAUGCAUGAAGAAUGUUAUGAAUUUGAACAACAUGUUCAUAUAACAGGAGUGCAAUGGCAAGAUAUCAGUGUAGAUGAACAUAUGUGAAUGUGUCCACCGAGAAAACCACUUCUGUUUGUAAAAUAUUAGUUACUUAUCAAUUUUCUUUUAUGAUGUGAAGGACAUUUCUAAUGUGAAGGGGGGAAAUGUUUACAAGCAGCAUUCCUGUUUUUUUGGAAAGUUUAAUUUUGUUGAAGCGAGAUUAUAUUUUUCCACUUUAAUAUGAAAAUUUCAAUGUGGCCACAACUGUUUAUUCCCUUUGGAAUUGAGACUUAUGGUGUAACAAAGUAAAUUUUAACAUCCUAGACAUUUCAUAGCACCACCUCUGUGUGUGUGUGUGUAUAUUAUAUAUUCUCUAUGAUUUGAAAUGACCUUGUAAAUAUCCCUUUUUAAACCUCUGCUCUUAAAAGGGAUGUUUACAGGAAGCAUCUGUGUCGGGAUUUUUAUUAUGAUACCAAACAAGUCUGCUUCACAGUUUGCGCUUUAUUUGAGAUCAGUUCUUUUGUGAAUGUACUGAACCAAUGUACAGAUAAUGUUUCAUUUAUCCUUAUAUCUUUAAUAUUUCUACUUGUUUUGUAUAUUUAACUGAACUGGGAGUGUAUUGGGUUGUUAGGUUGGCAUGGACCCAAGUGUGUUUGCUAGAGACCAGCAGGGGGCGCUACUAUAGUGCAGCGAUGCUUUCGGCACUGAUAAGGAGUUUGUAAAUACUGUGAAAUAUUGUGAAAAACACUGUACAAUGUUUUCGCUUCUAUUCAACUGUGGGAGAAUAAUUUAUUAAUUAUUCCAAAAAUUUCCAUUAAAAUGUCAGAGUUGGAA